UGAAACGUCAAACAAACUCAUUGAAGAUGUAAUCAAGUUUUAACUUAAUGUUUGUGAAAGAGAAGUGACAUGCUAAAAGAAAUAACCUUAACUGACCCUCUGAACAUUCAGGCCGGAGAUGUAUAGCUUUAUCUAUUUUGUCCUUAGCAUCUGAUAUUUCACACAGUGCAACAGAAGGACUUUUUUUUAAUGUUUACGUAUAUUUCAAGAGUUGUUGCCGUCAAGAGACUUUAUACGGUACUUUUGGGAACGUUGUUGACCAGCUGAAGGCCAAUGUGGAAUGCUUUCUCUUGACUAAAUUGUGUAUUUGCGCGUAAUACAUGCAGGCGGUGCAGUUACCUGGAAUGAAGACAGUCUGAGAGAAGCUGCAUAAAUAUUCAAUUAGAUCUUGAAGAUGGCAUCAGGGAAAUGCAGAAGUUCUGUUUGUGGUGCAACUCUCAUCAAACAAGAGCCAGUUGAGGCUGACCCACGUGCUUCCCCAGAGCAAGAGAUCGAGCACAUAUCUGUUAAGCAAGAAACUCCUGUUGAUGCCAACCCACUUGCAUCCUCCAAGCAAGAGAUGGAGUAUGUAUCUGCUAAGGAAGAAACUCCAGAGUGGGAUGUGCCUGAUGACCACGAUAGUACGCAUGAUCCACAAAGCAUCAUCAAAGAGGAGUGUUCAUCUUCAGAAGACUUUCUGAGCCCUAGCGCUCCCAGUAUUGAGGACGACGACGAGGAAGACGAGGAUGCAGUGAGUGAGGAUGACUUUCAGGAGCUCAAGCAUGAAGUGGAGUCAAGAAGUAGUGGCAGUGAAUCAGAAAGUUCCAUCGGUGUUGGUAUGGACAACGACAACGACACUAACGGAGACAACAGCGGUUUGAUUACCAGCAUUCCACUGCAUUCGUGCAGUGUGUGUCACAAAAUGUUCACAAAGAGUACCUAUUUGAAGAAACACUUCAGAGUCCAUAGUGGUGAACGCCCAUACAGCUGUGGCGUUUGCAACAAGACUUUUGCGCAAAGUUGGGCACUGAAACAACAUUCGCGUCGGCACACAGGCGAACACCCAUACAACUGUGGCGUUUGCAGCAAGGCAUUCAUGCAAAAAUCUGAUCUGAAGAAGCACUUCCGGGUGCACACUGGUGAACGUCCGUACACCUGUGACGUUUGCAACAAGGCUUUUGCACAAAGUAGUGCGUUGAAGCAGCAUUCACGAUUGCACACUGGUGAACGCCCAUACAGCUGUUGCGUCUGCAGAAAGACAUUCAGAGACAGUGAUAAACUGAAGAAUCAUUCACGAUUGCACACUGGGGAGCGUCCGUACGUCUGUGGUAUGUGCAACAAGACAUUCGCUCUAAGUGCUUCACUGAAGCGGCACUCACAAGUGCACACUAGUGAACGCUCGCAUAACUGUAGUGUUUGCAACAAGACAUUCAGACACAGUAGUAGCCUGAAGGACCAUUUGCGAAUCCACAGCGACGAGCGCCCCUACGUGUGUGGCAUUUGCAACAAGACAUUCGCUCAAAGUUGGGCACUGAGGCACCAUUCACGAUUGCACAGUGGUGAACGCCCAUACAGCUGUUGCAUUUGCAGAAAGACAUUCAGAGACAGAGAAGAAGUGAAGAAGCAUACACGACUCCACACUGGCGAGCGCCCAUACAUCUGUGGUGUUUGCAACAAGACUUUCGCUCUAAGUUCUUCGCUGAAGCGGCAUUCUCGAGUGCACACUGAUGAACGGCCUCACAGCUGUGAUAUUUGUAACAAGGCAUUCAGAUGCAGUAAUAGCCUGAAGAAGCAUGUGCGCAUGCACACUGGCGAGCGUCCGUACGUAUGUGGCGUUUGUAAUAAGACAUUCGCGCAAAGCUGGGCGCUGACGCAGCAUUCACGAUUGCACACUGGUGAACGCGUACACAGCUGUGGCAUUUGCAACAAAACAUUCACUCGAAGUUCUGCACUGAAGAAGCAUUCACAGCUGCACACCGACGAACACCUAUGAAGCUGUUGUGUGUGUCAUAUCCCUUUACACCCUGAAAUAUUUUUCAUUGUGCAAGAACUGCAAGUAGCAUUGUUAUAGUGUCCUGAUGUCAUUGAUUGCAGAAUAAAUACUGCAAACAUU